GGCAUGUUUUAAGCUGAAAUUAUGGCAAGCCCAUCGACAUCAAAAACCAUGAAUUUGUUCAACAAUUCCUGCUGGGAUAUUGCCCAAAGGUCGACCAACAAGAUACUGACAGGACACAAAGGCCUUGACACUCACCUCGGAGGGGGAAUUAGCCUGGGGCAAAUAACAGAGCUAAUAGGAACCUCGGGCACUGGAAAAACUCAGCUUUGCUUACAACUAUGCCUGAAUGUGCAAAUACCCAAAAGUGUCGGGGGACUGGAAGGCAGCGCCUUAUUUAUAGACACCCGACAGGACUUUCAUCCAGAGCGAUUAUUAGGCUUAGCUAAAGACCUGGAAAAAAGGUAUAAACGCAGAGCACCCGGCUUUGAGGCCUCUAGAAUGCUUAAAAGGGUCCACCAUGUGAGGUGUCCCAACGCAGCUCAGCUAAUGGCCAGCGUCUUGAGUUGCCACCGGCACCUGCGAGAUCAUCCAGAUAUAAAGUUGAUUGUGAUCGACUCUCUGGCAUUUUCACUGCGCAUGCUUGAGGAUGGCGCCCAGCGCUUCGAGUUGCUCCUGGAACUCCAUGACAGCAUGAGGAGAUUGCAGCGCCAACACAAUGUAGCCUGGGUCGUCACCAAUGUGCUCACGCAUCGCUGCAGCAGAAGGGGGCAGAAGUUCCAUGUGGUGUCCGCCUUGGGGAUCCUGCAUUCGCACCUGAUCAAUGAGCGCAUCUGGUUUUCGCAGAGCUGGCAGUGCUACCUGGGCAAGUCAUGGAGAAUCUGUAGAUUAAUUAACGCCUGAGGUUUGUUUUCGUUGAGUUUAACUUUUACUUUUGUUAGAUUUCGUUUGUUUAAUGGGUUAUUAUCAGUUUUAUUAAUUAAUAGUGUUUCUUAAUAAGUAAUUCUAUAAAAAUAAGCAAACUAGGCUCAAUUUAGAGCGGCGACCGUAUUAAGGCAAAACAGGAUCCUCAGUUUCUAUGCCAUAAAUCGCAAAUGUAGUCACAACUAGAAGGCGCACACCCAGCCAGCUGUUUGGGGCACUUGCUAAAAGCCUCGACUCCGCAAAGACCAGGCUACGACGAUGCUAUCGAUGGCGCAGCUUUGCAGAUUGACAGGCGAGCACUGGGCUGAUUUAUGCGCGCGGCCCAGGAAUGUGGCAAAGUGUAAAAAGUGUUUACACAAACGAACGGCGACACCCAAGCCCGAGAGCCAAAAGCGAAACCAGCCUGAGGCUCUGCAGCUAGCUAAAGGC